AUGGCAAGCAGGGGCAAGAUCUUGUUUCUCGUAUGGUGUGCCGGAUGCUGGGCUCGCCCAGCAGUUUGUUUUCCUGCAGACUAUUUCGUGGAUGCCGCGAUGGACUUUGGCAAGGGCGAGCGCCACCCUUUUUUUCAGUCCAACACGGACAGGGGCAGCAAAUUCGCCUCAACAGCCGGGAACUACUAUUUCGAGCUCAUCGCCAGGCAACCUCUACACCAGCGGCUCGUAGCCAACAUAUUCCAGUUGCGCUUUGCCUUCCUGGCGCUCGGAGCGCUACCGGCAGAAGAGGUGGCGCCGACCCGCCAGCGAAUUGCCGAGAGCCACGCCCGGGCGCUUGCUGGUCAGCAAGGGCAGGAUGCUGUCCUUCAGGAAGGCUCCACCCAAAAACUUCUUGAUGCUGCCCGGGGCCGGGAGGUGCAGGUCGACACGUCUGCGGUUCCUCGCACACGUCUUGCCCCCGACGUGGGCAUGCCAUCCGCUGGCUUGGGAUUCGGGGGCGUCUGCGACAGGGGCCCUGUCGGGAAAACCGAUUAUGAUUUGUGCGAUCGCAAGUACGUCGACAAGUUCGAAGGUCCUAGCAACUUCUUGUCAAAAGCGGUUGACACGGGCGUCCGCUUGCUCGACUCGGCGUGGUUGUACGGUUCAGACCCAGUCAUCGGGCGCAUGCUCGCCGCGUCAGCACUUCCUCGCAGGGGGGUCUGCGGAUUUUUUUGUGAUGACGAAGGUUAUGCCAGAUGA